ACCUUAAACUCUUCAACACAAAAAAAUGUCACCUAAUACUAAUAUUAUUAUCUCUUAUAUCAGUGUUCUAGUUGUUGCUUCUUAUGUUGCUUAUGCAACUGAUCCUAAUCAGCUCCAAGAUUUCUGCGUUGGGGUAAAUAAUCCUAUUGAUGGAUUAUUUGUGAACGGACUGUUUUGUAAGAAUCCAAUGGAGGUGACAGUGGACGACUUCCUCUUUCAAGGGCUAAAUAUACCAGGAAACACAGACAACCAAGUAGGCUCCAAUGUCACACGAGUUACCGCGGAGAACCUUCCAGGUCUAAACACCCUUGGUAUAUCACUGGCUAGGAUUGAUGUCGCACCUUAUGGUGUUAACACUCCCCACCAUCAUCCUCGCGCCACUGAGGUCCUUACAGUGCUUGAAGGAACCUUCUAUGCUGGUUUCGUAACUUCCAACCAACCAAAUGGUAAUAACAAGUUAUUCUCCAAGAUACUUUAUAAAGGAGAUGUUUUUAUAUUUCCUCAAGGCCUCAUACAUUUUGAAACCAAUAUUGGGCGUACUCCUGCUGUUGCCCUGUCUCCGUUCAGCAGCCAAAACCUGGGUGUCGUCACAACCGCUGCAGCUACAUUCGGGGCUAGUCCACCCAUCCCAGUUGAUGUUCUAAGCAGGGCCUUCCAACUUAGUCCUGUAAUCGUAAGGAACCUUCAGUCACGCAGAUUUCAAUGA